CCUUCCCUCGGUUUACGAAAUUAACAUGUCCACGAUAAAGUACAUUGGCCGCACGAAUGAUUUCCGCGGCAAGACGCUAUGGGAAAUUGUUGGAAACCUGAAAAACUUUGGCGUUGGCCGCGUUGUCGUACGCAGCAUGUUUGAGCGCUAUCCGGAACCAAGUUUUAUGAGAAUCGUCAAAGUGGAAGCCCUUCCGGAUGAGAAACCGGAGCGUAAAGUGCGUGUAACCGUUGAGAAGACGUUCCGCGGACGCACCUAUCCCAAACUGGUGGAGGUGGAAAGCACGUCGUAUAAAGCCGAUUAUCGGUUGCUUGCGAAACACGAAGAGAAAUCGUACUGCAAGCUGGUGGAGCGCCAGGAAAAGAUUUUCCCGCGAGAAAUUGAGCUGCCCCCGCUACUGAGGGAGUUUGUGACACGCGAAACGGGCAAACCGGCCCCCAUGAUACCGAUCCGAUUGAAAGAUGGUCGAGAAAACCGAUAUAGAGUGGCGAAGGAAGGUGAACAACCCACCGUUCCGGUAACGAUGAACCUCGGUAAACCAGCGAGUCCGAGUUUAUAUGCCAACUGUGAACUGUGAAAGGCAA